AACACUGUAGCGAAGCUCAUUUCCCUGUUACGUUAACAACCAAAACCAAACCAAUUUGUUUAUUAAUUUAAACAGAAAACCUGACAGCAUGGUCUACGAUUGGAGAACGCAAUAAAUAGUUUUAAACAAUGGCAGCAGAUCUGGCUCAAGAUUCGGGCGCUCUCGCAGCGCACAUCAGCCUGAAGGACGCGGGACCAAAGUUUUCAUUUCUCCAUGCUCUGAUGGCUGGUGGAGUGGCUGGGGUGGUGGUCGACAUAGCUCUCUUUCCCAUAGACACGGUUAAGACGCGACUCCAAAGUGAAUUGGGCUUCUGGCGGGCCGGCGGAUUUCGUGGUAUCUACAAGGGCCUGGCACCGGCAGCCGCUGGCAGUGCACCCACAGCGGCGCUCUUCUUCUGCGCCUACGAGUGUGGCAAGCAGUUCUUCAGCUCCGUCACCAAUACCAAAGAUUCCCCUUAUGUCCACAUGGCGGCAGCAUCCACAGCAGAAGUGCUGGCCUGUCUUAUCCGCGUACCUGUGGAAAUAGCCAAACAGCGAUCCCAGGCCCAGCUGGGGCACAAGCAGCAGCAGUCGGCGUUCCAGAUUCUGAUGCGUGCCUAUCGCACUGAAGGACUGCGUCGUGGUCUCUAUCGUGGCUUUGGCUCGACCAUCAUGCGUGAAAUUCCAUUCAGCUUGAUACAGUUCCCGCUGUGGGAGUACUUUAAGCGCCAGUGGACACCGAUGACGGGCUACGAAUCAACGCCAUUAACUGUUGCGCUGUGCGGAGCAGUAGCCGGUGGCAUUUCAGCUGGUCUUACUACCCCGCUGGAUGUGGUCAAGACACGCAUUAUGCUAGCGGAACGAGAGAGUCUCACGCGACGUCGCAGCGCCCACAGCAUUCUUCGUGGCAUUUAUCUGGAACGAGGCUUCAGCGGUCUGUUUGCUGGAUUUGUGCCGCGCGUGCUGUGGAUCACACUCGGUGGCGCAUUCUUCUUUGGAUUCUACGAUCUAACGACGCGGCUGCUGGGCGCCACAAAUACGGACCAUUAAAAUAGUGUUAUUAUUGUUAUACCUAAGGUAGAGGCACAUCGAUUAUUUUAGUAUCUAAGCUGCGGGAUGACAACCACCCACAUGGACAAUGUAGACAAUAAACUGUAUGGAAGUUUCUUUAGCAA